CCCCCUUCCUCCUCCGACCUUCCCCUCACAUGGCCCCAUCAUGUCCCCUUCCCUUUCUUCUCUCUCCUUCGCCGUCUUUCUUAAUCCCCUUUCUCUCCUCUCUUUCCCACCCACUAACUCCUUUCUUCAGAUCCGCCUCUCAAAUCCCUUCAUGCCGCUCUGUUUCUGAUCCUUUCAAUGGCGGAUUCCGACGACGCCACCGCCCGAGCUGUCCACCGCCGCUACGAGGGCCUUCUAAUGGUCCGUACCAAAGCCCUCAAAGGCAAAGGCGCCUGGUAUUGGUCUCACCUUGAACCCCUUUUGCUUAAAAACUCUGAUACCGGCUUUCCCAAAGCUGUCAAGCUUCGAUGCUCCUUAUGCGACGCCGUUUUCUCCGCUUCUAACCCUUCUCGCACUGCCUCCGAGCAUCUCAAACGUGGGACCUGUCCUAAUUUCAACUCCCUCUCCAAAACCCCUUUUAUUCCCUCCCCUGUUUCUACUUCCCCUGUUUCUUGUAAGCGGCCUGCUGAUGAUACCUGCGGCGGUGGCGGCGGCGGUGGGGAUUCGUUUUACGACAUUUCCCCAUUGACGGUGGUGGAUCCGUCGGGGGUUUAUGGUGGUUCGUUCUCGUCGUUUUUACCUCAACAUCAGAAUCAUCCACAACAGCCUGUUUUGGUGUUGUCCGGUGGGAAAGAGGAUUUGGGGGCUUUGGCUAUGUUGGAGAACAGCGUUAAAAGGCUUAGAACACCAAGAACAUCACCUGGGGUAUCAUUAAACAAGGCUCAGAUUGAUUCUGCGCUUGAUUUUCUUACAGAUUGGGUGUUUGAAUCAUCUGGGUCAGUCUCAAUUUCUAGUUUAGAGCAUCCAAAAUUCAAGGCGUUCUUGACUCAAGUCGGGUUGCCUUCGAUCUCAUCCAGGGAUUUUGCAAGAUUUAGAUUGAAUUCUAAAUACCAAAUGGCUAAGGCUGAUGUUCAUUUGAAAAUUACUGAUACCAUGUUCUUCCAAAUCGCCUCAAAUGGGUGGAAAACUCAUAAUCAAGAGCAUAAGACCAUGAUUCAUAUGACUCUAAACCUCCCAAAUGGGACUAGUUUGUAUAGAAAAACUCUGUUUCUUAGCUCUUCUGUUCCUUGUAGCUUUGCAGAGGAAGUUCUUUGGGAUACAGUUUCAGAAAUUUGUGGAAGCACCACGGAGAAAUGUGUCGGGAUCGUGGCCGAUAAGUUCAAGGGGAAGACAUUGAAGAACUUGGAAGAUCAGCAUCCAUGGCUGGUUAAUCUUCCAUGUCAAUUUCAAGCUUUCAAUGAUUUGGUUACGGAUUUCAUUACAAAUCUCCCUUUGUUCAAGAAAGUAACCCAAAACUGUAAAAGGGUAGCUGAGUUCUUCAACUUUGAGUCUAAUAUCAGAAAGAUCUUCCAUAGGUAUCAAUUACAAGAAUGUGGCUAUACUCGUUUGAUAUCAAUGGGCACUCCUGAAACAGAGGAGAUAGAAGCUAUGACACUCUUUCAAAUGGUCGACGACAUACUCGAAUCAGCUCCCGCAAUGCAAUUAGCCCGGCUCGACGAAGCUUACAAGACGACAUCGAUGGAGGAGCAUUCAAUAGCUCGGGACGUCUCGAACUUAAUUGGGGAUUCUACGUUUUGGAAUGAAGUGGAAGCUGUUCAUUGUUUGAUCAAGUUAAUGAAGAACAUGGCUGAAGAGAUUGAAACAGAGAGGCCAUUAGUAGGGCAAUGCCUUCCACUUUGGGAAGAAUUAAGAGAGAAAGUGAAAGAUUGGUGCAAAAAGUUCAAAAUCUCAGAAGAAUCAAUGGAGAAUAUAGUGUCAAGGAGGUUUAUGAAGAACUACCACCCGGCAUGGGCUGCGGCGUUCGUGCUCGAUCCACUCUAUCUUACACGGGACAACACGGGAAAGUACCUCCCGCCGUUCAAACGCUUGACGACAGAGCAAGAGAAGGACGUCGAUCGCCUUAUAACACGGCUCGUGGCGACGGAGGAAGCUCACAUUGUACUAAUGGAGCUGAUGAAAUGGAGAACAGAAGGGCUUGAUGAAGUAUAUGCAAGAGCUGUUCAAAUGAAGGAGAAGGAUCCCAUUACAGGGAAAUUAAGAACAGCUAAUCCACAGAGCAGUAGGCUUGUAUGGGAAACAUACUUAACUGAGUUCAAAUCAUUGAGAAAAGUUGCUGUUAGGCUCAUUUUUCUUCAUGCUAGUUCAUGUGGGUUUAAAAGUAAUGCCAAUUUUGAAAGAAUGAUGUGUUCAUAUGGAAGCUGCUCAAGAGCUGUAGCUGAAGGUGUUAAGAAGUUGGUGUUUAUUUCAGCUCGUUCAAAGCUCGAGAAGAGGAAUUUUUGUAACGAUGACGACAAGAACGACGAUGAUAUCGAGUUGUUUGGAGCGGUAAAUAGUGACGAUGAUCUGCCAAGUGAGGCUGAUAGAUCAUCUUCGUUGUAACAUUUUUUAAAGAUGAUUAUCUAUAGAAAAUCAAUUGGUGGGACAUAGUUUACUGA